AUGAGUUUUUCAAGUGACGACAUCAACUACCUUAUAUAUCGAUAUCUGCAUGAAUCGGGUUUUGAGCAUUCCGCGUUUACCUUUGCAUCUGAAUCUCGGGUUUUGGAAUCAGGAAUAGCGGGUAGCGAUAUACCGAUGGGAGCGCUCAUUAACGUCGUGCAGAAAGGAAUUUUUUACACGGAGGCUGAAUUAUGCUCCAUUGCAAGUACAAGUGCGGCAGGUGAUGCUCGUAGUGAUAAACCCGUGAUGGAUAAUCUGACUUUAUUGGAAGCUGUGCUGAAUGAUUUGUCGGCAACCAAGGAACGAGAGAAGGCAAGUGGGGAAGAUUCUAAAGCCUCAAAAUCGGUUUCCGUAGUUAAUAGCAAUGAGAAACAUAUGCAACAAGUGCGAGAUAGAGAAAUGAGAGAGAUUCAUCAAGAAAGAAGAAAUGGGCCUGGAGCUUCCAAAGAAGAAGAUAGUAUUCCAAUUACUCAAUGUUCGUUCAACGCACCCGUUGCUAGUGGUUCUUCCUCGAAUGCAGCGGGUUUUAGCGGGAUGAAUAACUUGAAUAACCAAAUGGCGUCAAGUAGCGCUAAUAGUCAUCACUCACUUCCAUCCUCAACAAAUCAGAAUUAUAGACAGCAUCAAGUUUUUACUGGAAAUCAUCAGAUUAAGGUGGAGCGAGAGAGAGAAUCUAGAGAUCGUGUCGUUAAUAAUGGUCAAGUCGGGAAAUUAAAAAUAGCUGCAGAAUAUAGGGCAACACAUGCUAACGGGCGAUCACGAAGAACACAUUUUAGGAAUAUUAACGGCACGCCCAUGGAGUUGGACGGGGUUUCAAUAGGCCGUAUGAAAAAUGGUAAUGGGACAUAUGCAUCUUCGCUGCCAAUGGAGAGCAAACCUUAUGAAAUCAGCAAAGAGAAGAUACGACGAUUGGAAGGUCAUGAGAGCGAAGUGUUUGUGUGUUCUUGGAAUCCUGUAAAUGAUCUCAUCGCUACGGGGUCUGGCGACAGCACUGUGAAGAUUUGGAACACUAGAGGAUCAGACUUGUCGUCUACGACGUCUCAGACAAUAAUAAGUACUGUGAAAACUCUCAAACAUACUUUUGCAGCUAGUAUUAGUGAGAAAAACAACAUCAAAGAUGUCACUUCUAUAGACUGGAAUUGCAACGGUGAUUUGCUUGCAACUGGUUGUUAUGACGGAAGGGCAAGGGUUUGGAAGCAGGAUGGCGAUCUUAUUUGUGUAUUAGCUGCACACCAAGGCCCUAUUUUUGCUCUGAAGUGGAGCGAAAAAGGUGAUAAAAUUUUAAGCGCCGGAACAACUAUUGUGUGGAACGCUGACCGUGGUAUUGAAAUGCAACGGUUUCAACUUCAUUCCAGUUCAGCCUUGGAUAUUGAUUGGAUCUCUGAUGACACUUUUGCAUCAUGUAGUACUGACAAACAGAUCUUCGUCUGCAAGCUCGGAUGUGAUAAAGCUUUGAUGACCUAUUCGGGUCAUACGAAUGAAAUCAAUGCCAUUAAGUACGACGUUCAUUCGCAGCUUCUAGCGUCUUGUUCAGAUGACAUGACUCUUAAGAUAUGGUCUUUACAUAGCGACAAAUGGGUAUAUAAUUUUGACUCUCAUGAAAAAGAAAUUUAUACAAUUCGGUGGUCUCCUUUGGGCUACGUGGUUGCUAGUGCGUCAGUGGAUCAGACAGUAAGACUAUGGGAUGCGAGAGAUGGCAAGUGUUUGCAAACUCUCGUGAGGCAUACAGAGCCUGUAUAUUCAGUGAAUUUUUCACCGGAUGGCACAUAUGUGGCUUCUGGAUCUUUUGAUAGAUCCGUGUGCAUCUGGGAUGUUAAGACUGGGAGUAUAGUUCAAACUUAUACUGGGGACCUCAGUGAUGGUGGAGUAUUUGAAGUGGCAUGGAACUGCCGCGGGGAUAAAGUUGCUGCUUCUACAAGUGGUGGGACGGUGAUAAUACUGGACGUGCGUCACUUAAAAAGAUCUUUGUAG